AUGCCACCCAAGAAUCGCGAGUACUACCUUGGCACGAGUCCCGGCCAGGACUUUGCUUGGCUCACAUUCCGAGCGCCUACCCUGGCUCAGCAUCCUGAGAACAAAGCAGAGCCAACGCCGACGUAUACAGUCCCUAAGCAUCAGCGCACAACGAUGCCGCCCAUAACGGAAGAGCCGGCGCAGGCCUUGAUGUUGCCUGCCAACAUCAAAGCGAAGGCAGGCGCUGUCGCAACCAAGUCUGAAGCAGCCAAGUCGAAAAAGGCCAAACCUCCUAAAGCGGCGCCGAGAAGAGCCGGCCCAUGGUCGGAUUGGUACGUCAGCGAAGACCGUCAUUACUUUUGGAGAGCAAGGAAGACACCUAGUGAAACUUGGGACUACCAGUAUAAACCGAGCUACCAAGAACAGCCCAGGCCCGCAGCCGCAUCGUCGACCACCCCAAGAAGCAAGGCUAAGCAACAGCCAUCCUCUCCCUCGCCAGGACCGGCCCCAACCAGUCCCACCCGGGUGCCAAAUUUUGACUCACCCAAAACCUCUUGGCCAACAAUCAUAACUACCUCGACGGGAUACCCAACCGAAGUAUCCGCCUCCAGCUCCAGGACGCUGUCCACUCUUGCUAGAGAAGUUGAAGAGGGCAGCGGGGAAACCGCUAGUUUGGACCUCGUGCCCAUAGUUGUAACAGCUAGGCCGCAGCCCGCGCGCAGCAAGCACAGCAAACGGCCCGUUGGGCCCGUCUUACGCCUCAUCCAGGAAAGUCGCAGUCGCCGGUCCAAGUCCGAGGUUAACAAAUCUACGGUCGCUGUUACGGCCUUCACCGCUGCAGCGGGUACCACCGCGCUAAGCAACGACGAUAGAGCCAAGGGGAAGAACAAGCAGCAAGGACAGGGCGACGGCGCAGUUCACGACGGCCACGAUCAUAGUAGCAAUGGCUAUAAUACUCACAGUAAUCUCCCAACCAAGGCUCGCGCGGCAUAUGCGAAGAAGCUGCAUGCCAAGGUCAAGUCGGAGAAGGAACUAAAGGCCGAUCCAAAGCGGCGGGUGAGGACAUGGUUGAAGGGCGUCGAGCUGGAUACCGCGCCCCUACCGCUGGAUGAAUGGGGUUUCCCAAUCUACCGAUGA